AUGCCUGACAAUCUCAGUCCCAGUAAAAAUAAAGUCGAGCUCUUUGAUGUACUUGAACUUGAUGAAGAAACAAAAAAUCAUCUUAUCAAAAAUGAGAUCAAAACAGUUCCGCAACUAUUAUUAGAUAACCUAAGGAAAAAAGGGCUGAAAAGUUCUCAAGAGGUAACAAUUUAUUCAAAAUGUAGGGAAAAAAUCACGUGCUUUCCAAAUAAUGUCGAUGCUGAGGAACAAAAAAUUAAUUCAGGUAGCAUUGGUAUUGAAACUGGAUUCAUUACAGGUAAAACAUUAUUAGAGGUGGCAAAAGCAAACUGGGCCCAGAAUGAAAACUUUAGAUCACAUAUAAACCUAGGAUCUGAUAUACUUAUGGAUUUUUUUGAUGGUGGGCUUCUCAUCGGUGAAACAACCGAACUUUUUGGCCAUGAUCUACCGGUUAUCAGAAGAGUAGUGCACUGGAUUAUAUCAAAUACCAUGUUUAACUCAUCAUUAGAAAGUUUAAACUCUGAAACAGAUUCAGAAAAGUUUUUGCCAUAUCAAGUUAUUUAUAUUCAAACAACUGAUAAUAGUUUUGACCCAAUUUUCAUGAAGAAAUGUUUUCAAAAAUUGUGCGGAGAACUUGAAUUGACACAAAACUCACAAUACUCAACAGAAAUCAGUCACAACAUGGAACUCCUUCUCUCAAAUAUUUGUAUAGUGACUGUAGAUGAUUGUUUCCAGCUACAAAAGCUACUGUGCGAUCUACCAAGAAUUAAACAACAAGAACUAAAAAGACUUAAACUAAUUGUUAUUGACCCAAUUACAUCAUUAUUGGGGUCUCACAACUUUAUUGAAGCACAAGAACUUUCAAAUAAUUACUACAAGGAAAUUAAAGGCAAAGUCUUUAUAGUUGGAAGACUCAUUAGGUAUGUAUCCAAAAUUCUAAAUAUUUCCUCAAUAGUCAUUUCACUAGCUAAACAAUCUAUCAAACAAACAAAUGCAGUCCUUAACUACUGUUCAAAUCAGCUUUUAUGCGAUAUAAAUUACCCGAAGAGUGUUCAUUUUGAAGGAAUUGGGACAUUCAGUAUUCCUCCUCCAACAAGAGCAUUUCUAACUGAGAUCGACUAUAAUUGGUUCCUUUCACCUCAUAAUCGAAUUCUCAUUGAAAAUAUUGUAAAAGUGCACGAAGAAAACGCGGGAAGCAUUAUUGCAUGCAAUCCUCCAAUUCCCCACAAUAUGAGAAUUUUGAGGUGGACCGUUUUCAAGUCCAACAGACUUCCAAUUGGAAAAUAUGUAUGUGUAAUUUUUGACAAAGUUGGUUUGAUUGAAUCAGAGUGCCAGUUUUUGUAA